ACCUUAGAAGCAUAAAGGUGAGAGCACGGCCGCUGCCGACGCGCGGAUGUUUUCAGUCGCGAGUUGUCCGCGCCGCAACUUUGUCGUUCGGGCGACGCACAAGCGCCCAGUUUCCGCGUCCUACGGUUCAAGUGCGUGUUUAACGUAAAAGUGCUAGUGUUCAAGUUACGCUUUAUAUACGUCAAGAUCGGAUUGUUGAUAAGAUUUUAUUCAUGCUGAUGCUGUGAAAAAAUUAAGUAAAAUGACAUUGUCAGCGCCCCCGAGCAUCGACGACUAUGAAGAUCCGUUCGUGAUGAACACGACGAACGUGACGAGCCACCCCGCCGCCUACGACGAGCAGUACGCGCUCGACCUGGUCGUGCCGCUCACCGUCACCUAUGUCAUCAUCUUCGUGGCCGGCAUCCUGGGAAACACCAGCACGUGUGUGGUCAUAGCCAGGAACCGCUCCAUGCACACCGCCACCAACUUUUACCUGUUCAGUCUAGCAAUAUCAGAUCUCAUAUUAUUAGUAUGUGGCUUACCAUUUGAAGUGCACAGAUUAUGGAAUCCGGACACGUAUCCGUUAGGCGAGGCGCACUGCAUCGCCAUCGGGCUGGCGUCAGAGACGUCAGCCAACGCGACAGUAUUGACAAUAACAGCGUUCACGGUGGAGCGGUACAUAGCGAUAUGUCGGCCCUUCAUGUCGCACACCAUGUCCAAGCUGUCAAGAGCGGUGCGCUUCAUCAUAGCUAUAUGGGUGUUUGCGUUGUGUACCGCCGUGCCCCAGGCGAUGCAGUUCGGUAUAGUGUCGUAUGUGGAUCAUGGGCAGAACGUGAGCGCGUGUACAGUGAAGGGUGUGGGGGUCCAUCAAGUGUUUGUUAUAUCUAGUUUCGUGUUCUUCGUAGUGCCUAUGUCGAUGAUAUCAGUGUUGUACGCGUUGAUAGGCAUUAAGUUACGGACCUCUCGAGUGUUGCAUCCCGUUAAGAAGCUGUCAGUGGAGAGCAAUGAGAGACCUGGUCAGAUGCAGUACAGAAAUGGUGCGUCACAAAGAAGAGUCAUCAGAAUGCUCGUUGCAGUGGCGCUAUCAUUCUUCAUUUGCUGGGCGCCUUUCCACGUACAGAGACUGCUGGCUAUCUACGGGAAAAGCUUGGAGCACCCAUCAGAUACCUUCUACUUGGUCUACAUCGUACUGACGUUUUUAUCGGGGGUACUAUAUUUCCUGUCGACCGCCAUCAACCCCUUCCUAUACAACAUUAUGUCGAACAAGUUCAGAAACGCCUUUAAGGUGACGCUGGCGACAUGGUGCGGUCGAGGCGGGCCCCGAAUGGGCCGUACUUACAGUGCUUUGCUAGCGUCGCAGCGGCUGAGGGCCGGCGGCCCGGGUGCGUGCGCCAGUGUGCGGGGCCCACGGCGUCUGCGCAGGCUCUCCACUGCCACCACACAAUUAUAUGAUGCGCCGCCCCGAGCGCAGGUGAGUGCUACAACGGGCGCGAUCUACCAACCGUUAACGAGUCCCCUAGCGGGAACGGGCACUGGGGCCGAGCGUGGCGGCUACGCAUCCACGACCCCUCCGACUCCGUCGACUCCCCUCGCAGCAUCUCCAACUCCAGUCUUCGCGAGGUUGACGACGAGCUCACCGGCGAGGAGCUGGCCACCUACAUGUACCACGUGAACUGUAACAUCGGCGGACUCACCUGAGACACGUCCGUGUAAGCGACAGUGACCACGCUACGCUCUCCCGAGCAGAACUACAGUGAAGGUAGUACGGCCUAACAGUGUGAUCUAUUUUAUAGACGUUUUUAAGCGAUUUUAAAAUUGUAUAUAAUCCAUUGUUGUCCAUUGUUAGUAACGGCUUUGUUAAUAUUUCAAGGUUUACGUGCACUCGAACGUCCAUUUUGAUGUUAAGUGCUAAUCUGUGUUAGGUGGAAAGAUGAUGGGAAAAUAACGAAAAUAUGUGUCCUUGAGAAUUUAUGUAAUGGAUGGAGUAGCCGUUAAAGCUUACUCUUGGAUAUGUGCCGUGAUUAAGGGUUAAUACCUACCUAUAGAUUUACAAAAUCCCUGAGACUUGCCCACUGUGUCAUAAAGCUGUAAUCUUUGGCACGCACUGCCCAUUAUUCAUCCAAGAAUCUAUUAAUUACGUUAGGGUGACACUUUACCUUAAAUAAUAGUUAGCCGCAUAAAUCUACAGUCAAUAUCCAAAGGUUGGACAUUGUUUUCACGUAAAAUCAUUGUUAAUAACUCACGUAUAUGUAAAGUAUCGAUCAAAACUGUCAGUGAUUUAUACAAAGCGUUUUUAUUUAAUUUUUCGAACAAAGUGAUGUAUGGACUAUAAAUUAAAUGUCUGCAUAGAUAGGUGUAUAAAUAAGUAACUUUAGACUAUAAUACUCUACUGAUAGUUUUAAGGUACGGUGGUUGUAAAAAGUAUGUGCUAAGCACAAUUUAAUAUACCUA